CUUCAUCGUCCCUCCCUACCUGGAUAGAUACACAAACUCUGCACAGUCACAAAACUAAACCCUAACUGAACAACCCCCAAUCUCUCUCUCUCUCUCUCUCUUUGUGUCUAAAUAUAUAUCUCUACAUAUUGAGUGAGUAGCGAAGAAUAUGGCUGCUAUGUGGAGCAAGCUGAAGAAAUCGUUAGGCCUGAAACUAUUUUCUCAACCGCCCCAAACCUCCGAAUCACCGGUCAUGCCUCAACGCCCUUCAGAUCUUUCAGCCGGCGAAAUUUCUGAAUCCAGUUCUCAAUCGAUGCCCUCUCGCUCCUCUUCUGCCCUCUCUCGCUUCUCCAGAAGCUUCAGCACCAAAUCUUCAAAGAAAACGUGUGCCAUUUGCUUGGGAAAUUUAAAGACGGGGCAGGGCCAAGCCAUCUUCACAGCCGAGUGCUCCCACUCCUUUCACUUCAGCUGCAUAGCUGACAGCGUUAGGCAUGGGAAUCGUGUUUGCCCUAACUGCCGCUCCAAAUGGAAAGAUAUCCCCUUCCAGUUUCCCACCAGUAAUGGUGGUCCUCAACAUAAUGGCACAGGCAGAGCCCGCGUGUCUCCUUAUCGCGGCCCUCCGGAACAUCAUCAGGCCAAUGUUCCUCGUAACUUGCCAGCAUCAUCGCCACCCUGCCCAGAGCCUCUCCACUUCUCAGAUGAUGAGCCUCUCCCUACCAUCACUACUGAUCCCAGCUCGCCCACCUCUGGUGCUCACUCCCAUGCCGUAAAAGUCAUGGCAUUUCCCGAGGCUCCUGCGAUUGCAGCUUCAGAAUCUGUUUCAACUUUUGCUGUUCUUGUGGGUGUGCGGGCACCACCUUUGUUAGAUGAUGUGCGCCACCUUGAGCGCGCUCCCAUUGACCUUGUCACUGUGCUGGAUGUUAGUGGCAGCAUGUCUGGUUCAAAGCUUGCACUCCUUAAGUGUGCUGUUCGAUUUGUCAUUCAAAACUUGGGCCCAUCUGAUCGGCUUUCUAUUGUCACCUUCUCAUCGGGUGCUCGAAGAAUCUUCCCUCUUCGCAGGAUGUCUGAUAGUGGUCGUGAAGAUGCUACCCGUGCCAUCAAUUCUCUUUCGUCAUAUGGUGGAACCAACAUUGUGGAAGGUCUCAAGAAAGGGGUCCGGGUUCUUGAAGAACGUCAUGAACAGAACCCAGUUCAAAGCAUCAUCCUCCUUUCUGAUGGGAGAGACACAUACAACUACAAUAGUAAUAACCAUCACAACAGUUCACAGAAUCAGAGUUCCUCAAAUCCAAGGCGGGUUCUGGAAUAUCUAAACCUGUUGCCAAUUUCCAUCUGCUCUUGGAAUGAAGAAGCUCGAGAUGAGGCACGUCUGCCAACUAUCCCGGUCCACGCAUUUGGGUUUGGCUCAGACCAUGAUUCUACCGCCAUGCAUGCAAUAUCUGAUGCAUCAGGAGGUACUUUUUCAUUCAUCGAGUCUGUCGGCAUUCUGCAAGAUGCCUUUGCCCGUUGCAUUGGUGGUCUUCUCAGCGUGGUAGCUCAAGAGCUUCGACUGACUGUGAGAUCUAUAUCAUCUGAUGUGUGUAUUGGUUCCAUACCCUCUGGAAAAUAUGUAAGUGAGAUUUCGGAAGAUGGACAGCAAGGUGUAAUAAAUGUUGGAGACCUGUAUGCGGAUGAGGAGAAAGAAUUUCUUGUCUACUUGUCAAUUGCCAGAUGUCUAUCUGCUGUGGAUGAGGGAAGGGUGGAAAAGACAUUGUUGUUGGAUCUCUUGUGUUCUUACAAAGAUACCGUCUCAAAGGAGAUGGUGCAGGUAGACGGCAGGAGAGUUGAGAUACGUCGACCUAAGGUUCUGUCUCCUGCAGAUGUUGUAGUGAGCUUGGAGGUUGAUCGGCAGAGGAAUCGCCUAUUGGUGGCAGAAGGUAUCUCAGAGGCACAAGAGAUGGCAGAGAUGGGAAAUCUGGUAGGUGCACAGGCUGUGCUGGCAAACAGGAGAUCAACUCUGCUCUCCUCAGCAUCUGCCCAAGCAGGUGAUGGUCUCUGCAACUGGCUUGAAGCCGAGCUGAUAGAAAUUAGGGAGAGAAUGGCAAACAUGGAGCUCUAUGAACACACAGGGCGAGCUUAUGUACUCUCGGGGUUAAGCUCGCACUCUUGGCAGAGGGCCACAACUAGGGGAGACAUGACGACUCAGAUAGUUGGGCUGAGUGGAGGUGGGAACUCUGGUUUCACUGGCUAUGAUACACCUAGUAUGGUCACCAUGGUUUCAAAGUCGCAGAAUCUCAGCUUGACUAAUCCCGCUGUACAAGUUCGACAACUUAGUAAGUCUUGCAGCUUGCCUCCAAGUCAUGAAUAAGGUGUCCCUAAUUCAUCAUUUGUUCCCAGUAAAUAAAUUUUUGCCUAUGUGGUAAUAAAGGGUUAGCAUGAUGUAGUAAGUGGGCAACUCUCCACGAUCUAGGGCUCUAAUUUUUAGUACCAUGCUGUUUCUCAUCAUUUAGUGUCUUUGGAUCCUCGAGUUGAUUCUUUUUAGUUCCGAUUGUAUUGGGUGGAAUUUUUAUUAGAAACCUGGUAUUGUAUUAGUUGUUUAGUCUUGAUUUUGGUUAGCAGAAUAUUAUUGAGUAUAUAAUAAGGCAAUCACUGAUUUAUGCUUUGAUGAUUCCUUGUUGCAAAGUUACAUGCGGAUAUAUAACAGGGGCGUGGCUGUCUAGUGUUGUAUCAAAUGACUCGGUU